AUGUCGUGGCGUAAUCAAGGAAUCACUGGCUCCAACAACAUUCCGCUCGGGAAUCGUCGUCGGUUCGGCGACAGUAAUGGUGACUCGCGCGAUGAAGCUCCAUCUUAUGGGGACUCUGCGAAGCGUGGUCGCAGUCCUGCCAGAGCUGAACCUGCUGCCGAUGGCGUGAAACGACGUAGGAAGCGCAACCGUUGGGGUGAUGCUACCGAUAACAAGGCUGCUGGUCUGAUGGGACUGCCUACCAUGAUCCAGGCCAACAUGACCUCUGAACAGCUUGAAGCUUACACCCUUCAUCUUCGUAUCGAAGAAAUCAGUCAGAAGCUCAGGAUCAACGAUGUCAUCCCCGGAGAUGGCGACAGAUCGCCAUCGCCUCCCCCACAGUACGACAACUUCGGACGACGUGUCAACACCAGAGAAUUUCGCUACCGCAAGAGACUCGAAGAUGAACGCCACAAGCUGAUCGAAAAGGCCAUGAAGACCAUCCCUAACUACCACCCGCCUUCUGACUACAGACGUCCCACCAAGACGCAAGAGAAGGUCUAUGUGCCUGUCAACGACUAUCCCGAGAUCAACUUCAGUCCUCGUGGCAACACCCUGAAGAAGAUGGAGUCCGAGUCACAGGCCAAGAUCGCCAUCCGCGGCAAAGGCUCCGUCAAGGAGGGCAAAGGCCGGUCUGACGCCGCUCACACCAGCAACCAGGAAGAAGAUUUGCACUGUCUGAUCAUGGCCGACACCGAAGAAAAGGUCAACAAGGCGAAAGAACUGAUUCACAACGUCAUCGAGACCGCAGCUUCCAUUCCCGAAGGACAGAACGAGCUGAAGCGAAACCAGCUGCGUGGUCAAAUCGGACAUCGCAAGUACGACUGCCCCGAGCAGCGUAACUUCACCGCCAACAUCAUCUGUCGUGUCUGCGGCAAUGCUGGUCACAUGGCUCGCGACUGCCCUGACCGACAACGCGGCUCAGACUCCCGCAACCAAGGUCCAGGCUUCAAUGGUCCACAACGUCGUGUUGGUGGCGGCGAUAACGUUGAUCGCGAGAUGGACAACCUCAUGCAAGAACUCUCCGGCAAUCCUUCGAACGGUACCGCAGGUCGUAUCGAAGCUGGUCCAGCCAGCGGCAACCCAUGGGAUCAGAGCGGCUACAGUGCUGGUGGCGGUGGCGGCGAAAGUGCACGUCCUUGGGAGAACCGUCCUCCUGCUGCAUCUGGAGGAGCGGCUCCCUGGCAACGCGACCGACAGAGCGAUUAUCCUUCCAGUGCUGGCGGUUCGGCCGCUCCGUGGGCCCAACCUCAGGACAAUGGCAAUUAUGGCGGCUACGGCAGCGCUCCAGGCGCGCCAGGUGGGGGCGGUGCUGCUCCAUGGCAAGCUCAGGCUCCUCCACCUCCCCCUGGUGGCAACUACGGCUAUGGUGGUGGCUAUCCAGGCUACGAUCAAGGCGGCUACGGCUCGGCAGCACCUCCUCCACCUCCUGGCUUGAGUGAGUUCCUCCAGCAGUACCAGCAGCAAGGCGCCCCACCUCCACCACCAUCCGACAUCCCAGCGCCUCCGCCAGACUAUGGUCAGGCUCCGCCUCCACCUCCUGGUGAUGUUCCUCCUCCACCACCGCCUGCGUAA